CUGGCUCCUCCUCGACGUAAUGCCUCUCCUCCGCCAUACACCCCCCACGACCACUCACACCCACGCCCGCGCGGUCCAGACUUGAACUUCGCGCGAUCCCCCGCUCCACCCGGCUACCUCGAUACCUCUUCCCCUUCACGACCACAGGGCCAAUCGGCUAAAGAGGUGGCUUCCCAUUCUGUUUCAACACCCGAGCCGCCGUCCCCGACUUCCUCAACUUCCCAUACCCCACUCAGCAGUGAUGGACACAGCGCGCCGUCUGCGCUGCACCCGCGCGUCGCUGUCAUCCUGGGCGUAGACCGCAGGUGGUAUAUUCCGCUGCUUGUAUGUCGGGCUCUGAGUACGCUGCCGGCGCUUUGGUGGGGGUUGCGAUGCGCUUUUACUUUCCUCGCUGAGUUGCUACAUAUCAGACCUGGGAUGGGACGGGAGGGGUGGACGGCGGCGAUUGUCGGUAGUGUUGGACAGGAAUGGGAUGUUGAGAGGAGAUUCCGUGUGACGGAGGUAGCAUUGGCUAUUAUGUGGUGCUGUGCAUCCGCAUAUCUUUCCUAUUUCUUCGCUGAUUGCAUGAUGUCUCGAUGGCUUUUGAACUACACCCCACCAGCCGUCGUAAUCCGCCUCCUAACGACCAACGGCCUGAUUGCAUACAUAACUUCGUGGGUCCUCUACCUAUCCGGAGCAUCCUCAGACCCCCGACUCCUUUUACCAGCCUGGAUCUCCAUAACAACUUCCCUAACCUUCGUCUACCACGCAACCCAAAACCAUGCAACGAUAAAGCGCGAAACAGCAGCAUCGUUACUGGUCGUUUCCGUCGCAAGCUUCCUAAGCAUGUCCUCGCUGUUAAUGCAGCUGCAUCUAACGCGAGAGAAUGAACCCGAAGUCCCUGUUUUCGUUAUCACUCGCAAACUGUGGGACUGGGCUGUGGCUAUCUUUAUGCGUAUGCGAGUCGCGGAUGACCGUCUACCUGUUGGGGAGCUGUAG